UUUACUUAUCUCACAAUGCGUCGAACAAAGCGGGCAAGUAGAGAUGGCUUUAGUUCAGAUCAAAAUGGUUGGGAAGAUCAAGGGGGAUAUAUGAACGCCAAAAUCCGCAAGCUAGAGUCCCAGUUUGCGGAGCAACCGAAAAAGUCUAAUAUAUUUUCCGGGAUACGUAUUUACGUUAAUGGCUAUACUGAGCCGCCUGCCUUAGAAAUAAGGCGCCUUGUUCAGGAACACGGUGGAACCUAUGUACAAUACUAUUCCCAAUCAGCUGGUGAUUUCAUGGUCGCUUCCAAUUUACCUCUGACCAAAAUUAAGAAGAUAAACAACCAAAAGAUUGUAAAGGUCUCUUGGAUCACUGAUAGUAUUGCAGCUGGUUGCCUAUUGCCAUGGAAGAAUUUCGAGCUCUAUCCUGCACACAGUCAACUCAAAAACCAGCGAGCUCUCACGUCGCUAUUGGAAACAAAACCCCUUUCUCCCGAGAAUGUUAUGCUUUCCGAUGAGCAGGCCCUUUCAUCCCAUGUGGCUUCUGGGAACGAGUCGAACGAAGCUUCAGCGUCCAAUCAAAUUGGAGAUGAACCUUCCACUUUUGAUUCCUCUUUCUCACCUAUUGAAGAUGUCACCUUAACUGAGCCGUUGGGGGAUCGGAAUGAGGAUUUAAAGACCCAGCCUGAUAGGACUUCCAGUAUAUUACCUACCACCAGUGACGGCUACAUCAGUCAAUAUUACUCUCGUUCACGACUCCAUCACCUAUCAAAGUGGGCUGCUGAUCUGAGGGAUCUGGUUCGAGCACUUCGACAAGAGCACGAGGAAGGGGGAAAGGCUGGGGUUGAUAAAGGAGAAUUUCUUCGCAUGGAAAUUGAACGCAUUCAGUCAAUUUCAAAAUCGCCGUCGGAUUCCCUAAAUGAAAUGAUCUUGGAGUAUGUUGGAGAAUCGUCUUCUUCUACACAGAAGAUCCCUAGAAUCCUAAUGCAUAUGGAUAUGGAUUGUUUCUUUGUCUCUGUAUGUUUAAGAAAUCGGCCGGAAUUUGUGGGUCUUCCGGUUGCCGUAACCCACGGUAAAGGGAAAUCAGAUUCUUCAAUGGCGGAGGUUGCUUCCUGUUCCUAUGAAGCUAGAAAAUUUGGUGUUAAGAAUGGCAUGCUUCUGGGCAAAGCUCGUGCCCUCUGUCCUGAAUUAAAAGUUGUUCCCUAUGAAUUCUGCCUUCAAAUCGAAGCAGUAAGUUGCGACGAGAUGUACGUGGAUGUUACCGAUUUGCUAAAAGUGAGAUCCUCUUCAGGGCAGUGUGUUCAUCUAACAAAUCCCUUCUUCCUUGGUGCAGCGCUGCGCCGAUGUGUCAAGGAGGCUACUCGAUGUACCGCAACUUGUGGUUUCGGUACAAAUCGCCUCCUUGCCCGACUAGCUACAAAGUGGGCGAAACCGAAUGCUCAGGGUCUUCUCUUGGGUCCCGAAUGGAAAUGUGCUCAGUCGUCUUUCGAAUUGGAGGGAGAGAGAAUAAAAUUUAUUGAGUUGGCUAGUCCUGAAGGGCGAGAAUAUCUAGAAGAUCUACCCCUUGCUCACCUUCCAGGUGUGGGCAGACAAAUGGUCUUUCGAAUCGCCGAAGCUUACGGAAUUUCAACUUGUGGAGAACUUCUUAAAACAGCGACCCAUGACCAACUUUCCUCACUCCUUGGUACUAAAACGAGUCAAAGAAUUUUACAACUAUGCCAGGGAAUGGAUUCAGCGGAUGUGAUUCUGGACCGUUAUGCUAAGUCUAUUUCAGCUGAGAUCAAUUACGGUGUUCGCUUGUCGACUUGGCCCGAAGUUGAGAAAUUCGUGAAAGAUUUGGCGAAGGAGCUGUCUUCCCGGCUUGGUAAAGCUGCGUCUGAAUCCCGGACUGGUUUUGGUAUGGUUGGAAAAAAUCUCGCUGUGCAUCUCUUAACACGUCGUGCCGACCAACCAAUUAAGACAGCCAAGUAUUUGGGUCAUGGGAUUUGCGAUAGCUUUACUCGCACAGUGUCACUUUCAAAAGCCACUGCAGACACAUCGAUUAUCGCAGAAAAGUGUCUUUCGGUGCUUCGACGACUUAAUCCAAAUCCGAAGGAUAUUCGUGGGCUUGGUCUCCAAAUGCAUCGCCUUUCGCCAUCUUCACCUUUGCCAAAUGCAGGCAAGCUGAAAAGAGGUAAAAAAGUCGAAGAGCUUCCAUCGAUCACGAGAUUUUUGAAAUCAUCUGGUUCAAAACCAAACAGUCAAAGAGAUAUUUCCAGUGCUAAUUCGAUUUUCAGUGAAGGUACUAAUGAGUCCUGUUCUAUUUCUGAUGGUGAUGAUAUCAUGUCAACUCCGUCGGAAGAUUUGAAUAGCAUGAUUGAAUCAGGACCAGCUAGUCCAACUCUGGCUUCAACAUCGUCUCCUAUCUCCAUAAAAGAACCUAAAUCAGUGAUAUCUCAAGUUGAUUCUGCUGAUAUUCUUCCCCAUCAGCCUAAUCGUCCUCUUGAAGAAGUAAAUGUGUUUGCCAAGAGGUCUGUUGAGGAAUUGAAAAAUAUGUUUGCUACGUGGAUUACAACAGAAUCGGACCCUUUGGAGGAAGACCUCUGUAUGCUUGCAGACUAUCUCAUCUCCAUUCUCCAAACAGACCUAGCUCGAGUCCGAUGUUUGCUUCAAGGUCUAUUACGUCUGAUAGAUAGUGAACUUGUGGCGGGUAAUGGACUCGCAUGGAAGCACGCUUUCAAACGUCUCCGAGUGACAAUUGAUGCUGCAUGUCAACGGCAUUAUGAUGUCGAAUCGUUAGAUUUAGAUUCUACCUAA